AUGUUACUUUUCAUUAUUUUAUUUUUAUUUAUUUUAAAUUUUUCAUUUUAAUACAACUGCGAUCACGACAAUAUUCAAAUUUAAAAUUACCUCCAAAACCUCUAUGAAUAAUCUGAAAAGCAUGCUCCUAAAUAAACCUCUCGUAUAUCCGAAGCUAAAGAGAAUCCUUAACCAAUAAGAAUAACAAUAGACUAUUCACGAAUUGAACAGACAAAUGAUUUAACACAAUCAUAAAUAAAAAUAAUAAAAAAAUUAAUAGGAUUAUCUUCUGAUUAUUUUUCGUAAAUGUUAAAAAUAACUCCAUUAAAAGGAAAUAACAAAUACCCAAAAUAUUUAAGCGGCGAAUGUAACGGAAUUAUAAUUCCAGAAAAUGACAAAUAAAUAGGAAUUCCGAAUUCUGACUUACAUAUUUACAUAUUUUAUAUGAAUGAUAAUAAAGAUGAUUCACGUGCAAAUGCAAAUGCUUGUGCUUUUUAAGAAAUAACAUAUAGACCUAUUUUCGGGAGAAUUUAAAUAAAUAUCACUAAUAUGGUUUUUUAAAUAAACGAUCAUAAACUCUUUAGAUAAAACUUAGAAAGCUUUAUCCAUGAAACUUUACAUAUACUAGGUUUUUCAAAAUCUCAAUUUUAAUAUUGGAUAGACCCUUCUACAGGAAAAACGUAUAAAAAAGGAAAUAAUUAAAUAUAGAAAACUGUAAAUGUUAGAGGAAAAGAAACUAUAAUGUUGUUUUCUUAAAAUAUUUUAGAUGUUACCAGAAAGCAUUUUAAAUGCUAAAAUGCCGAAGGAAUAACUUUAGAAAAUGAAAGCAAAUCCUAAUCUUAAAUUGGUUCCCAUUGGGACAAAUCGCUUUUAUCAAACGAAUUAAUGACUAAUUCUGCGUUUGGACUAGUUCGUGUAUUUUCUAUAUUCACAAUUGCCUUAUUAAAAGAUACAGGAUACUACUAAGAAGUAAAUUAGAACCUUUCUAGCGAAUUAUAAUGGGGAAAAGGUAAAGGCUGUGAAUUUUUAACAUAAGUAUGUUAUUCUUAAUAUAGUUUUCCUGAAUUUUCAACUGAAAAUUAAAAAUAUAUAUGUACUUUCGAUAGACACGGUAUUGGCUAUUCUCGAAUAAGUUCCACAACCGACAAUUGUUAUGUAGUGGAUGCUUAUUUGACUAGAAUAUGCAUAGACUAAUCUAAUUAAGCUAAUGAAAAUGCAGUAAAAACAAUGCAAUAUUACGGAUUUGACAGCAGAUGUUUUACUUCCACAUCUACACAGCCUAAAUACUAGACUAUAUAUAAAGAUUAAAGAUCAAGGUGUCAUAAAUUCAAAUGUGAUGAAAAUACUAUUACUGUGUUUAUACCUUAAAUUUAAACACAAAUUACAUGUACAUAAGAGGAUAAAGGAAAGGCCUUAGAUAUUAACAAAGAUGACCCAAAAAUGGGAUAAAUUACAUGUCCAAAUGAUUAUAAUGACUUUUGUAAUUAUUCAAAGCCUUGUAGAGAUAAUUGCUCAUCGAAUGGAAUAUGUGUUAGAGGUUUUUGUAUAUGUAUAAAAGGGUUUGGAGGCGAAAACUGUUCAUAAAAUUGUCCUUUUGGAGUUAUUUUUAAUAGUGAUUGUGUAUCUUAAUGUCCAGAAGGGCUUUUUUAAGGACCUGAUAAUGCUUGUAGAAAAUAAUGUCCUUCUACUUAUUAUAACAGUAAUGGUAAAUGCCUUAUAUGUAACUCUUAAUGCCUUGAAUGUAAUGGAGGAGAUCCAAAUUAAUGCACAGCAUGCCAUUUUGUGGAUGUUUUGAUGGAAAACUAAUGUGUUCUUUGUAAUGGGGAUGUUUGUUAUAAAGAUAUUGAAUAUGAGAUACUUAUUAAAUAAUAAAAUUUGAUAAUUAUUCAAUUUUAAAGCAUAAUUUAUAAUUUAUAGAAAUAUAUGGAUAAUAUAGUUGUUUUAAUUGAAGAUUUUACCUAUUUUGAAAUCGAAAGAACUAUUAUUGAUAAUAAACAGAUUUAAUUGAAGUUUAAUUUUACAAGAAAUCCGCCUUUAAUUUCUACAAGAGUAGAUAUAUAUUUCAAUAAAAAUAAUUAUUUAAGAAUCAAGGAUAACAAAAAAUUCAUUUAUAAUAUAUUCACUUACGAAUAUGAAUAAAAUUAAAUAGUUAAUAUUUAAAAUUAUCAAAAGGCAAUCAUUGCUUUAUCUAUUAUUGCUUUUAUUUUUACUAUUGUAAUAUUCUUUUAUGGAUAACUAUAAUUUAUAGAUGGUAUAAUAGAAAAAUAUUAACUAGUUUAUAUGAUGAAAUUAAUAUCAAUUAAGUAAAAUUUAUAUAUGUAUGUAUUUAUAUAUAUAUAUAUAUAGUAAUCCUUUUAAUCUAGAAAUAUUUUAUGA